UUGCUCGCUCCUUCGGUUCUGUAGUCCAGGGUGUGACGUCACGGUAUACAGCGCAACGGCAUUUGUUUUAUUAUCUUGGCGAUGUUGUGUGCAUGCGCUGAAGCACUUCUCAUCGUUCUUGUCUGGCUGCUGUGCUUAGAUUUUGCCACAAACUACGCAUUCAAGUUGGCCCGUGUCACCGAUGGUGCACCCAACUCUUCAUCCGUUACCGUGACAACGAAACAAACCCACCGUUCAGUUCUAGCGGCGAUAAUCUCGACUUUGCAGAGGGCGCAAGCGAAACGAACACGCGCGCGUGGCCCGUCAGUGCAGUGACUGUGGCCGGAACGUUGCCAUGGCAGACCAGGGAAGGCGCGCGAAGAUGCAGAGAAUCGUAGGCCACGACGUCGUCGGCGUCAACUGGAGACCGACGCGGAUCGCCGAGGACGUGCCGCAGUCUCGUAUUUGCGGCCUGUGCGGCGUCCUUCCCAACAGCACGGUCGUGCUUCCCUGUUCGCACUUUCUGUGCGAGCUGUGCCUCAGAGCUAGCGUCCAAGAUGGCGGCUGCGUGUGUCCUCUGGAUCGCGAGCCCUUCGGUGAAGAGGAGUGCGAGACGAUUCGCUUUCCAGCGAGAAAAGCGAACAGCCUGAAGGCCCACUGCUGGAACGAAGCCCAAGGUUGCGAGUUCACGGACACCGUGGAAUCCGUGCUGCGCCACUACGAGGAAGACUGCCUCUUCCACGCGGUAGAAUGUCGCCGCUGCGAAGAACGAAUCCUGCAGCGAAACCUGCCGGCGCACUACCUCGGCGGUUGCGCCAUCCCCGCUGGCCCACAACAGCCGGCAUCGAACGACGGCCGUUUGACGAUCGACGAGCUGAACGCAGCAUUGGCCGAGUUGAAAGUACACAUCAGUGACUCGUUGGCCGAGCUUCAAAAUCGGAGUCCAGUGAACGAACUGUUCCAACAGUCCAGAAGCCAAGGCCUGCAGCUGCUGGAGAUGACCCGCACGCUCGAAUUCUGCGAACGCGAUUUGAGGAGCGAGAUGCAGCGAGUGUCGGAGACCGUGAAUUCGGCGGUCAGUCGAGACCACAACGAGCUGGCGGAAAGACUCGACCGUCACACUGAGCAGCUGCUCCGGGCGAUCAGAGACUGCGACGACGGCUUGAAACGCGAGAUGGAAAGGAUCGCGGGCAGGGUCUCCGAAAAGGUCCGCCGAGAGUUCGAAUCCCGGCAGCGGUCGAUAGCUCGUCGUUCGAGGCGAGACUCGGCGCCCGAAGUUCGUCCAGGAGGAGGGGGCGCAGUUCCCGAGGCGGCGAGCGAUUCGGGAACUUCGUCCCCGUCGAGCAAGGAGCAGGCGAUCAUCCUUCGAAAGCUGGAGGUGUUCGCGAGCGUCUCGCUCACAGCCCUGGAACACCUGCGACAAAGCGCCCCGUCGUACCAGCGUCGCCCGACCGCUUACUGCGAGCGGCUUCCGAACUUCUUGCAGUUUUUCCCGGACGAAACUCUGGCGACGUCGCAGAGAGUGGCGUUCGAGGAGAACAGGCUGGUGACGUAUCGCUUGACCGUCAGGAACGCCGACCGACUGUUCGCGUCCCCGGACCGCCCGUCUGCUCAAGUGGUGCGCUGGCACCGGAGCGACGCCUGCUUGUCUUUCGCGGUCCGAGCGAUGUCCACCUCCGACGCCCUGCUCGUGGCCGUGUCCUGCACAGGCUUUUUGCGCACGUCCCGGCUGCUUUCGCCCGUCACAAGCGUGACGAUGCUGCACGAAGAUCCCGGGAGAAACUGUGCGCUGGAAAAAUACUUCGCCGAACAGAACAGCAAGGCGGAUCGUCUGUUCAAAACUGGAGUCGCGCAACCCCGGGAGGCUGGCUUCAUUCGUGACGGUGAACUGAAGUUUGACGUAGUCGUAGUCGACGAAUAGGUUGCGGCGUCUUGCUGGAGCUCUUGAGUGUAUAUUGUAUGUAGCUUCGACCACCGUGACGCCAAGUACACUUCGGUCUUCACUCGCGCAGUAUGUGCGCUGUUUUACGCACGCGAUGCCACUGCUCAGCGCCCUUGCUAGACGAGUGCGCCCUAUAGGCUGCACGUACAGGCUUGUUUUGUAUUCCAUUUUAGUUGACUGACGAGCGGGAAACAAUACUGGCGCUUCCCCGUAAGUAAGAAUCACGUAACUUCCGAGAAGCCUUAGUAUUGUGCUAUUAUUGCCGCAAGCCUUUAUUGUUACGAUUCUUGUAAUUAACCAAUUAUUGCCAGAAGCUACAGCAUUGCAAUAUUAAAGCCGGAAGGAUUUUAUUAAAGAAGCAAUGGGCAUGAAUCUAUUUUUUACCGAUUUAUUUUAUUGGUCUAAUGACAGAAACCUUGUUAAUGUUUCCUCAACCUUUUGAACCAUAGUAACGCACAGUUUUUCACUGUGCUGACUGUAAAACACUGUGACGGCUGCGAUGAUGGCAGUAAAACAUGAAGCCUUUUUUUUCUAUUCA